GAUUGAUUUCCAUAUUCCUUCGAUCAACCAUGGGAAUGUACAUCUUGGCGAGUCAAUUAUCCACCUUCAAAAACCAUGCUGCAAUGAAGGUCAGGGUUAUUCGGACCUACUUGGUGAUGGAAAGGAAUAGCCGGGAAAUAAAGAGUAAGGAAUUGGUCUUACACGAUGAAGAGGGCACAGUAAUUCAUGCUCAGAUUCCAUCAAAUAUUGUACCCAAAUUUGUGGAUAGCUUUGUAGAAGGAAACGUCUAUGCUGUGAAGAAUUUUUAUGUUGUUUCAAAUUAUCAUACAUACAAAACUAGCAUGCACGAAUACAUGCUGCAAUUCAAUCACGAAACUAUUCUAAAAGAGUUGAGGUCAGACCAUUUUCCAUGGCACAUGUUUAGGCUAAGAUCAUUUCAGAGUUUGAAAGGAAAUCCAGAUUUAAAUGUCAAGGAGCUCAUAGAUAUUAUCGGACGUGUUGUUCAAGUGUAUGCACCCCAAGAAAAGACCAUUCAAGGGAAUAAAACUAGGCUUAUUGACUUUGUGUUAGAGGAUGCUCAGGGUAGUAAGAUUACCUGCACAUUUUGGGACCAGCAUGUCUCGAAAAUCGAACACUUAUAUCAAUCACAGUGCACCGAGCCUGUCGUUGUGUUGAUUCAAUUCUGUAGAAUCAAAAUUGGUCUAAGAGAUGCUGAGGUGAAAAUCUGCUCUUCAUAUGAUGUUACUCAAUGCAUAUUUGACAUGGAUUGCCCUGAAUUUACAAGCUUUAGAGAGAGUUUCAGAAGCAUUGAUCAUCCAACUCCCAUUCGAAGCAUAGCUUCUUUGUCAUCCUUUAGUUACACAAACACAGUGGAUGAGUCUACCAGUCAACCUAUGGAAUUACUGACCAUAAAUCAAAUUUAUGACAAUGAUGAGUGGGGAGAAUUCUGGGUGGCUGCUACGAUAUCUGGUAUUGUCAAUCCCAUGGAUUGGUGGUAUAGCUCAUGUCAGAAAAAUGGCUGCAACAAAAAACUUAAGCUUUCUGAAGGGGUUAACAAAUGCUUCAAGUGUAUGCAGAUCUGGGAUGAGGGGAUUCCCCGUUAUAAAAUACAUUUGCGUGUGGUUGACAUUAAGGGUAAUGCUUCCAUUUUGCUUUGGGAUAGGGAAUGCCAAGAAUUGAUAGGAGUUCCGGCAAAUGAACUUUAUGCAAGGAAUAAGACAAAUAUGCCAGUGAAGGAGGUAAUGGAUUUGGUAGGGAGAACAAUGUUAUUUAAAAUAAAAGCCGGGAAGGAUGAGUUGGCCAACCGUGGCAAGGCCUUUCCAGUCCUAAGAAUUAAUACUGACCCAGAUUUUUUGAAAAUUCACUGCAAUGACCUGUUGAAACUUAAGGAUAACGAAGGUAGCUAUGACUUUCCUAUAAGUCUUGGAGAUGAUGAUUUUCUUGAGGGUUUUAUGAGUGAUGAAGGUGAAAGCCCAAUAGCACUGUUGACACCUGCUACUGUUGGAGAUGCAGUUGAUGGAACGGCUAAGAGAUGUUUGCUAGAUGAAUUCUCAUCAACUCAAUCUUCCAAGAAAGUGAAAGAGACUAAAGUAAAAUUAGAGAAAAUUGAUUGA